AUGGGAACAACAGUCCUCCUAGUCAUGGACAUCCAAAACGGCAUCAUCGACCGCCUCGAACCCACAAAAACAAGACCCUACCUCACCCGUCUAGCACCAGUUAUCCAAUCCGCCCGCAACGCAGGCCUCAAAAUCAUCUACAUCACCACAGCCUUCAGACCAGGCUACCCGGAAUUAUCCCCCCGAAACACAAUCACAACCAGAGUAUCCACGAGUGGCGCAUUCACGGAAGGCGACGCAUCAACCGAGAUCCAUCCCGCCGUCGCCCCAGUGCACGGCCGCGACGUGAGCAUCACGAAACGGCGCGUUUCUGCCUUUCAUGGAACGGAUCUUGAUAUCGUAUUGCGCAGCUUUGAUGCAGAGACGUUGGUUCUGACGGGGUUGACGACUAGUGGGGUUGUGCUGUCGACGCUUCGGCAGGCGGCCGAUUUGGAUUAUCGGGUGCUUGUUUUGGACGAUCUUUGUUUGGAUCGGGAGGAGGAGGUGCAUGAGCUGCUUGUUACGAGGGUUUUUUCGAAGCAGGCGAGGAUUAUGGGGUCGAGAGAGUGGGUGGAUUCGUUUAAGGAUGAGUAG